GAAACAAUCCCAGGUGUUUCCCGUUCAUUUCUUGCCUGUCUACCAAGAUACACCGGGUGAUAGACAGACAUGUUCUUCUCACGACCUGUUCGUGACCGCUUCAGUAGCGUACUAGCUCUGUGCCUCUAUGUUACAGGAUCCAUCGCUGGACCUUGUGACAUCUACUCUUCUGGAGGUACACCAUGUGUCGCCGCACACAGCACCACUCGUGCCUUGUACGAUUCCUACACCGGGGCGCUAUACCAGGUCUCCCGUGGAUCUGACGGGGCUACAACUGAUAUAUCACCUCUCUCUGCUGGGGGGGUUGCUAAUUCAGGUGCCCAAGACUCUUUCUGUGCUAAUACAACCUGUCUCAUUACCAUUAUUUAUGACCAGUCUGGCCAUGGUAAUGACCUCACUCAGGCUCCUCCUGGAGGCGCCGCCAGCGGUCCUGACGCCAAUGGAUACGAUUACCUGGCCAGCGCCGUCGGUGCGCCUGUCACUCUGAACGGGGAAAAGGCGUAUGGCUACCGAAACAAUAAUGUCAAAGGUACGGCCACAGGCGACGAACCAGAAGGGUUGUACGCAGUGUUUGAUGGUACACAUUACAACACAGGCUGUUGUUUCGACUACGGUAAUGCUGAAACAAAUAGCCAUGAUACCGGCAACGGCCAUAUGGAGGCUAUUUACUUUGGUACCGGUGAUGGUUCUGGACGUGGUACUGGUUCCGGUAGUGGUCCUUGGAUCAUGGCUGAUCUUGAGAACGGUCUUUUCUCUGGUUAUGAUCCUAUCAACAACGCCGCAGACCCAACUAUUACCUCCCGAUUCGUCACUGCAAUUGUCAAGGGAGAAUCAAACCAGUGGGCAAUUCGUGGCGGUGAUGCCACCUCCGGGUCAUUAUCAACUUAUUACAGUGGCAUUCGCCCUGCUAACGGCUAUAAUCCAAUGCAAAAGGAGGGAGCCAUUAUCCUAGGUAUCGGCGGUGACAACAGUAAUAAUGCGCAGGGUACGUUCUACGAGGGUGUCAUGACCAGCGGUUAUCCAUCAGAUGACAUCGAGAACCAGGUGCAAGCCAAUAUUGUUGCUGCUGGAUACGCAACUACACCCCUGACAAGCGGCCCCGGACUAACUGUUGGCGAAAACAUCUCCAUGCGCGCUACUACAGCAUGCUGUACAACUCGUUAUCUUGCUCAUACUGACUCUACUGUAAACACCCAAGUCGUCACCUCGUCCAGUGGCACCAGUCUCAAACAACAGGCCAGCUGGACCGUCCGCACUGGUCUCGGUAAUACUGCUUGUUUCUCAUUUGAAUCUGUCGACUCUCCCGGAAGCUUCAUCCGCCACUCUAACUAUGAACUCAAGGUCAACGCCAACGAUGGUAGCAAGAUUUUUAGUGAGGAUGCUACUUUCUGCCCUCAGGCUGGCCUCAAUGGUCAAGGAAACUCUUUCCGAUCCUGGAGUUACCCUACCCGUUACUGGCGCCACUACAAUGCCGUGGGGUAUAUUGCUAGCAACGGUGGGCCUCAUGACUUUGACAGUGCUGUUUCAUUUAACGACGAUGUGAGCUUUGUCGUUAGUGGCGGCUUUGCCUAA